CUUUCGCCACUACACUGGGACCGACGGACUGUGCCGGCGCCGCACUCGAAGCGGUAGCGGGCUCCGCGCUCAGGUGCUCAGGUGAUAUGCAAUUGAACUUGAGAUGAAUAACAUAUUUGAAGGAAUUGUUGACAUAUAGUAACUCCACAGCAUGUGGCCCCAGGAACUGCCCUAAAUGAUUAAAGGUUGAAUACAACUUAAAAGAAACAGCUAUUUUAUUCACCUGUUAUUGGACUUGAAACUCCUUUGACCUUAGAAACUGAAGAUGAGGUUGCCAUGGGAACUGCUGGUGCUGCAGUCAUUCAUGUUGUGCCUUGCAGAUGACUACACACUGCAUGGCCCAAUUUUCAUUCAAGAACCAAGUCAUGUAAUGUUCCCUUUGGACUCUGAGGAGAAAAAAGUGAAGCUCAGUUGUGAAGUUAAAGGGAAUCCAAAACCUCAUAUCAGGUGGAAGUUAAAUGGAACAGAUGUUGACAUUGGUAUGGAUUUCCGCUACAGUGUUGUUGAAGGCAGCUUGUUGAUCAAUAACCCCAAUAAAACCCAAGAUGCUGGAACGUACCAGUGCAGAGCAACAAACUCGUUUGGAACAAUUGUUAGCAGAGAAGCAAAGCUUCAGUUUGCUUACCUUGAAAACUUUAAAACAAGAACGAGAAGCACCGUGUCUGUCCGCCAAGGUCAGGGGAUGGUACUGCUGUGCGGCCCACCAGCCCAUUCUGGAGAGCUGAGCUAUGCCUGGAUUUUCAAUGAAUACCCUUCCUAUCAGGAUAAUCGCCGCUUCGUUUCUCAAGAGACUGGGAAUCUGUAUAUUGCCAAAGUAGAAAAAUCAGAUGUUGGAAAUUAUACCUGUGUGGUUACAAAUACAGUGACAAACCAAAAGGUCCUGGGGCCACCCACACCGCUAAUAUUGAGAAAUGAUGGGGUGAUGGGUGAAUAUGAGCCAAAAAUAGAAGUGCAGUUCCCAGAAACGGUCCCGACUGCAAAAGGAACAACAGUGAAGCUGGAAUGCUUUGCGUUAGGAAAUCCAGUACCAACUAUUAUCUGGAGAAGAGCUGAUGGAAAGCCGAUAGCAAGGAAAGCCAGAAGACACAAGUCGAAUGGAAUUCUUGAAAUCCCCAAUUUUCAGCAGGAGGAUGCUGGUUGGUACGAAUGUGUGGCUGAAAAUUCAAGAGGGAAAAACAUAGCAAGAGGACAGCUGACUUUCUUUGCUCAACCUAAUUGGAUUCAAAAAAUAAAUGACAUUCAUGUGGCCAUUGAAGAAAAUGUCUUCUGGGAAUGUAAAGCCAAUGGAAGGCCCAAACCUAUAUACAGGUGGCUGAAAAAUGGUGAACCACUGUUAACUCGGGAUAGAAUUCAUAUCGAGCAAGGAACACUCAACAUAACAAUAGUGAACCUCUCAGAUGCUGGCAUGUAUCAGUGUGUGGCAGAAAAUAAACAUGGAGUUAUCUUUUCCAGCGCAGAGCUUAGUGUUAUAGCUGUGGGCCCGGAUUUUUCAAGAACCCUCUUAAAAAGAGUAACUCUUGUCAAAGUGGGAGGUGAAGUUGUCAUUGAGUGUAAGCCGAAAGCUUCUCCGAAACCUGUCUACACCUGGAAGAAAGGAAGGGACAUAUUAAGAGAAAAUGAAAGAAUUACCAUUUCUGAAGAUGGAAGCCUCAGAAUCAUCAAUGUGACUAAAUCAGAUGCUGGAAGUUAUACCUGCAUAGCCACUAACCAUUUUGGAACUGCUAGCAGUACUGGAAACCUGGUAGUAAAAGAUCCAACAAGGGUAAUGGUACCCCCUUCCAGUAUGGAUGUCACUGUUGGAGAAAGUAUCGUUCUGCCGUGCCAGGUAACCCACGAUCACUCGCUAAACAUCGUGUUUACUUGGUCAUUUAAUGGACACCUGAUAGACUUUGACAAAGACGGGGACCACUUUGAAAGAGUCGGAGGGCAGGAUUCAGCUGGUGAUUUGAUGAUCCGAAACAUCCAGCUGAAGCAUGCUGGGAAAUACGUCUGCAUGGUCCAGACAAGUGUAGACAAGCUGUCUGCCGCUGCUGACCUGAUUGUGAGAGGUCCUCCAGGCCCCCCAGAGGCUGUGACCAUAGAUGAAAUUACAGACACCACCGCUCAGCUCUCCUGGAGACCCGGGCCUGACAACCACAGCCCCAUCACCAUGUAUGUCAUUCAAGCCAGGACUCCGUUCUCCGUGGGCUGGCAAGCAGUUAAUACAGUCCCAGAACUCAUUGAUGGGAAGACCUUCACAGCAACUGUGGUGGGUUUGAACCCUUGGGUCGAAUAUGAAUUCCGCACAGUUGCAGCCAACAUGAUUGGGAUUGGGGAGCCCAGUCAGCCCUCUGAGAAGAGGAGGACAGAAGAGGCCCUCCCUGAAGUCACCCCAGCUAACGUCAGUGGAGGCGGAGGCAGCAAAUCUGAACUGGUUAUAACCUGGGAGACGGUCCCUGAGGAAUUACAGAACGGCAGAGGCUUUGGUUACGUGGUGGCCUUCCGGCCUUAUGGCAAAAUGAUCUGGAUGCUGACCGUUUUGGCCUCCGCGGAUGCCUCCAGAUACGUGUUCAGGAAUGAGAGCGUGCAUCCCUUCUCUCCCUUCGAGGUUAAAGUGGGCGUCUUCAACAAUAAAGGAGAAGGCCCUUUCAGUCCCACCACGGUGGUAUAUUCUGCAGAAGAAGAACCCACCAAAGCACCAGCCAACAUCUUUGCCAGAAGUCUUUCUGCAACAGACGUUGAAGUCUUCUGGGCCUCCCCCAUGGAAAAGAAUAGAGGUCGGAUACAAGGGUAUGAGGUAAAAUAUUGGAGACAUGAUGACAAAGAAGAAAAUGCUCGAAAAAUACGAACAAUAGGAAAUCAGACAUCAACAAAAAUCACCAACUUAAAAGGCAGUGCUCUGUAUCAUUUAGCUGUCAAGGCAUAUAAUUCUGCAGGGACAGGCCCCUCCAGUGCGACGGUCAACGUGACAACCAGAAAGCCACCGCCAAGUCAACCCCCUGGAAACAUCAUAUGGAAUUCAUCGGACUCCAAAAUUAUCCUGAAUUGGGAUCAAGUGAAGGCCCUGGAUAAUGAGUCGGAAGUGAGAGGAUACAAAGUGUUGUACAGAUGGAGCAGACAAAGCAGCACAUCUGUCAUUGAAACAAAUAAAACAUCAGUGGAGCUUUCUUUGCCUUUUGAUGAAGAUUAUAUAAUAGAAAUUAAGCCAUUCAGUGAUGGAGGCGAUGGCAGCAGCAGUGAACAGAUUCGAAUUCCAAAGAUAUCAAAUGCCUAUGCAAGAGGAGCCGGGCCAUCCACUUCCAACGCAUGCACGCUGUCGGCCAUCAGUACGAUCAUGAUCUCCCUCACAGCCAGGUCCAGUUUAUGACAACAGUUCUCUAAAAGACUUGCUGUUUAUAAUAUAAGCAACAUUUAGCUAGUUGUUUUGAAGACACCCAGUACUAAGUAAUAUUGUUGUUCGAGUACAUCUUAUUACUGGAAAAAAAAAUGUUUUUUGCUUCUUUAGGAAUGGCAUUCUACAGUACUUCCUCAAAGCAAAUCUAGCUUUGUCUGAAGUUUCUUUGGAAACUCUGCAAUGCACUGAAGACAUCUGUAAUAUGAUGUUACCAAAGCAGUUUACAUAUGUCCUUAUAUGCAUAUUUUUUAUUAUAUAUUUAGUGUUUUAUAGAAUUUUUUAAAGUUAACAUGAAAUGUAGAUAUUAAUUUUUUUCCUCUGCUGUAAAAUGCUAUGGGCAACACAAUCAUAUGGUUAUUAUUUGAAAAUAGUUCCUUUAAAGACAGAGUUGGAAACUCACCUUGGUAAAUACAUUGCAGAUUCCUUGUACAGUUUUAUAAAGGUCUAGUGGCAGAACAGCUGAAGACUUGGUCUGUAACUCAAGGCUGCUGUAUGGAAAUGACUCUUGGGAUGACGAAUGCACUGAAUCAAGUCGUUUUGCCAUGUACAAUAUGCUUUCCAGCCCUGUUGUGAAUUCUGUUGUUCAACACAACUUGAGAUGGUUUCAGGAAUGGCUGCAAUCUCAAAACCUAAACUAACUGCCCAAGAGGUACCUUGUGCAAUAUUCCCAUCCCUGAAUUUAGCAUCCUAUGGUAAGACUUUCUUUUCCCUCGACUCAGUUAACAUUGUCUUUGUAGUAGUAGCAUUAUCUUAGACAUGACAUUGGAAGUUAAAUAUCCUGUAGUAACAUAGACCAAAAGUUAAUAGAGUCAACCAUGUCUUUCAAAGGAUAAAAGAUAAUUUUACUAUCUUUAAAUGUAUCUGUCUUGAAUGUACAUUUAACAACAAAAAGGGUAAUUCUCUGUUGAUGGAUUCGUAACUUCUUUACAAAAUUUCUUAUAGAUAAUAUGUGUAUCUCUUUAAUAAUAGAGCCCUUCUUUUGAAUCAAAAUUAUGUAUGGAGUCUGGCAGAUUUCUCCUAUUUCAGCAACUAGCUGCCACAAAGAAUUUUUUUCAUGACUCUAUAAAAGAUUUUUAGUACAAUGGUGUGGUAUCUCGGUGAUUCUCCUGUUUUGCAAUAGGUAGCCUUGUUGCUUUACAAGCUUCAUCUUCUACGUCUUAAAAAUCACACAUUGGAAAAUGACAAUAUCAACAAAACUGUAUUCUUAUGAAAAGAACUAUUUGUAAUAAUGGGGGAGGUUUUGUAAGCUGACACUAGUGGAACAGUGCAUAUAAAAGGUAAUGAAAUUUUCUAUAAAAAUUUUCACAUGUAAACACGCUGCCACCUUUUCUUCUUUCUCAGAGAGCUCAAAUUUGCCUGUAAUUUGUCAUUUUUCCUUAACUUUUCAACCUUCUAGCUAUAUUUAUCCAAUAAAGUCAUAAUCAGGAUUCCACUUGUGUAAAAACUAGGGUGGUAACUGGAAAAAAAUAUUGUCAGUAUUUCAAGCUGUGUUCCUUUCUUAGUUUCAUAUGGUUACUUCUAUGUUAAAAUAAAACAAAAUUUAAAAUCACAUGCAAAAAAAAAUCAACAAAAUAAUAAAAUGAAUGAAAAAAAAAUGAUACCCCAGGUAGUUCCCAACCCCAGUGUAAAUGAUAUUUACCAGUGAUCUAGCAUAUGUAAUCUCUUUUUAAAGGUAUUGUUAAUAAAUAUUCUGUCAUUUGUAAAGAUACUUGUCUUUUGGGAGCAUUUUUCCUGCCUGCCUGUCAGGGAAUUUGUUAGCUCACCCUUGUGCUACUUAUAAUUUAAGAUCAUAGAGGGACUCAGAAGUCUCUGGCCACGAUCCAAAGCUAGAUGACCCAGAGCUCUUCCUUUGGAAUUGACAACCCUGAAAACAUCAUUGCAAAUCCUCUUUGGAGGUAGAGAGGGACAAAAAUCCACAAAUAAAUGUCCUGAAGAUCAAACUUGAAUAGAUCCUCUGGAUUAGCUAAGUCUUUUCUGUAUUUAAUCUAAGGCUAUCUGUUGUUUUAAGGUUUCCCCAACCACGUUGCUAAAAGGAUAGAAUCUAAACUUGAGGCCCUUCUUAAUCUAAUAACAGCUUAACUCUGUACCCAGCCACACAGAGUCCUCACUGGCCCCUGAACACUGCUUGCUUUUGGUCUCACCUCUGUGCCUUUUGGGCAUCUGGCUGCCCCUUCCUGAAAUACCCCCCACUGUUCCUUAUCACCUGAAUCCCCACUGUCCUAGGGUAGGCUCGUCUGUGAAGCCCUCCCACACUCCAGUCCUCGGUGACAUCCUUCCGCUGAAUGAGCUGUAAGCCCUGUCGAUACCCCUCAUUUAGUAAUUAAUCAGGUACUACUUUUGGAAAUCUCUUGUACUGUUAUCUUGCAUUUUAACUUAACUCCUGUAUUGUUACUUAAUUUUCCUUGUAUGUAUGCCUUGUCUUCCCAGCUAGAUUGUAAGCUCCUUGAGGGCAGGGACUUUGGUCUUAUCUUUCAUGUACUCUCCUUAGUGCCUAGC